AGGCACUUGGGUGUCAAUCAUCUGCUUAGAGCUGCUUAGAGUCUCCCAGGCGAGGAAGAGGCGAGUUACCUGCAGCUCUCGCUUAUCCAAAUCGCAGUAGGAACUGGUUGGUGGCAGGAGGGCGGGGGGGCUGCCUGCCUGAGCACGAAAGCAGCUAAGUCUCCUGCACAGACACAGCCGCAGCCUACAGAGGGGAAGGGAGCACAGACUGGGGCAGUACUCAGCGAGAGCGCAAAAGGCACACGGCAAGGACACAAAGGAUCUAUUUUAUUCAAUGGGAAUGUUACCCACUUGCAGGCUACACCGGGCACUGCCAGCAGUACCAGCCAGUCCCUGCCUUGUCUAACCUACUCGCUGGGCUCAGCUUACUCCAGGGAGAGGGAGCAACAGGCAACUGAGCGCACAGCACUUUCCCCAUUCUGCUGCCCCACAGCCAAAGCUCGGGAUCCCCGCACCUUCCCAAACCCCCUGCCCCACGGACGGAGUGGAACAGCCACACAUUAACCCUUUGUUUUCUCCCCCUCUUCCCUGUCUAUUCCUGGGAUGAUCUCGGCCAUCUCCAGCCCCUGGCUCACCCAGCUCUCCCAUUUUUGCGAUGUUGCAGCUUUCACGGCCAACAGCCUGAGCAGCCUGAACGCAUCGGGGGGCUACCACCUCUCCCCUUCCCCAGGGGACCCCUACAGCCAACAUGAGCCCCACUACGAGCCCUGCUCCGCCAGCCAGCACUCGUACAGCUUCGGCCAUGCCUGCCCAGAGCCUGAGAGUGGAGCCUCCUCCUCAAGCUGCGCCUCCUCCACCCCGGGGAGCGGCAGCACUGGCAGCAGCGGCAGCAGCAAGGCCCCAGUGAAGAAGAACCCCAAGGUGGCCAACAUCACCGUGCAGCUGGAGAUGAAAGCUCUGUGGGACGAGUUCAACCAGCUGGGCACUGAAAUGAUAGUCACCAAGGCUGGCAGGCGUAUGUUCCCCACCUUCCAGGUUAAGAUUUUUGGGAUGGAUCCCAUGGCUGAUUACAUGUUAUUAAUGGACUUUGUACCAGUGGACGAUAAACGGUAUCGGUACGCCUUUCACAGCUCCUCCUGGUUAGUGGCAGGCAAAGCAGACCCGGCCACCCCCGGCAGGGUUCACUAUCACCCGGAUUCUCCAGCCAAAGGGGCCCAGUGGAUGAAGCAAAUCGUGUCCUUUGACAAACUGAAACUGACUAAUAACUUAUUGGACGACAACGGCCAUAUCAUCCUAAACUCCAUGCACAGGUACCAGCCCCGCUUCCAUGUGGUCUACGUGGAUCCGAGGAAGGACAGCGAGAAGUACGCAGAGGAAAACUUUAAAACGUUUGUGUUCGAGGAGACGCGCUUUACUGCAGUGACGGCCUAUCAGAACCACAGGAUUACACAACUGAAAAUUGCUAGUAAUCCAUUUGCCAAGGGAUUCAGAGACUGUGACCCGGAAGACUGGCCCAGAAAUCACAGGCCUGGAUCCCUCCCUCUUAUGAAUGCCUUUGCAAGGUCUAGGAAUCCUGUGUCAUCACCCCCACAGAAUGGAAGUGACAAAGAUGGAGAUGGAAGAAGAGAAUAUGAAAGAGAUACUAGUGGUACACCUCUUCAUGGGGAUGCAGCACAUCAACAGCUUAUGUCCCGUGUCCUCAGCCCUUCCCUGCCUGUUCCUGGUGGACUUGUACCUCUCAGUACUGGGAGACCCAGCCCCCCACAUGAACUGCGCCUAGACCCCCAUUCUCAAGGCUCAGAACCACUGCACCAUCACCCCUACAAGUACCCAACCAGCUACGAUCAUUACCUAGGAGCAAAAACCAGACCGGCCCCCUAUCCUUUGCCAAGUAUCAGAGGACAUGGCUACCAUCAUCAUCCUAUGAACCCAGCAGCAGCAAAUAUGUACUCAGGAGCUGGUGCACCAGGCAGUUAUGAAUAUGGGCCAAGAUAACAUCUUGGCAGGAGGCUAUUCUUACUGAAUGACUAUUUAAUUAAUAUGUAAGACAAUGGAUGUUUCAUGCAUGAUUUUAAUUAUUCAGUAGUGUAUGCUUUGGAUGUUACAUUACUGUUAAAAUGAAAGCUGACCUCUCCCUUAAGUCACAUGGACAGCCCUGCAGCUUUAUCAGUAAUUUGUGAAAGUCUUCAUGCAAACAAGCUGGAUCAUCUAACAAAUCCUGCUCGAGCUGUUCCGAUAUUACAUCAGCAGAAAACAAGCAAAGGCACUUGAGUUCUUCGUCUUUUUUUUUUUUUUCUUUUAUUUGUUCAAAUGCUAACUGGAAACAGAGGGCAGACACGUAGAAAAGGAGGUGUCCAUGGACCUCUGUACAUGCCCAUGUCUCCUUCUGCGUGUGAGGGGGUUACCUCAUCCCACCCGACCUCCAAAAAUGCACUGUUCAAUUACUAACUGAUUCCAGUCCACCCACCAAUGGGCAUUGACUUUUAUGGGGCCUGGUGCACUAUUCAUGCUUGUAAGAAGCCAUAUACUUUGUUUUGCUGUUGGUUUUAUUUUCAAUUACUGGAAAAAAAUGUUGAGUUGCCUCAGGUGCAGAGGAACUCUGAGGCGAUAUAAGCAGUUUCAGUGUAUGAUCUCUGUGUGUAUAUAUUAUAUAUAUAUAUUUGGUCAUAAAGGGUUUGUUAUCAACCUAUAGCAACCCACUGGCACAGUAUGGUAUAUGGACAAUGAAAGUGCCACUCCUGUCCAUUUACAGAAGUACAUUGCUGCUUCUACCUUCCUCAGAGUGCCACCGUUGUUCCCAUAAUCCACCUGCUGAGCUCAUACAAAAUUUGUUCUUCCAAAACCAUUUAACCAUAACCCCUACUGACUGCAUUAGUAUGUAAUGACUCACCAAGAAAUGUGUGUUUUGUGACUCAAACAAUUAUAAAUUUGCAGUGUAUUUUCAAAAUGUAAGUCUGUUUACCUCCCCUAGAUUUUUUUCCAGUGACAAACCAUAGGAAGUUGGGUGGAAGGAAGUUUCCCAUGACAUUGCAGAAUAAUCAUUUAUCAAAGGAAUCCAUCGAGGUUGGAAUAUGGUUCUCUAAGGGCAGAAAUAUAUAAAGUGUUACCUGUUUCAGACACUA